UGUAAGAUAACAUGUCAUAAGAUUAGAAGCAAGGCAACCUAUUAUUUUCCUUUUACAACAUUGUACGUAAAGAAUGACAGGAUAAGGAGUCUUUUGGCACCGUAGUUGCAUGAAAAUACACACUCUCACACCAAAGCAAAAGAAUGGUGUCGUAUUGGGAGCUUUCUCCGUAUAAAGCAAAUCAAGGGUUGUCUCCAUGUCACGCUCGAUUCCAAACCAGCUAAGCCCUUCUCUCUCAGUUCGAGAAAGUGCAACAUAAUCCCUCCAACCUAUAAAGAAAACCAACCACACCCUUAAUCCUUCGCAGUAAAAAAAGUCCUUCCUUCCCUUAACUCUCCCCUUAUCUCCCUCUCUUCUCUCCCUCUCCCUCUCUUCUCUUCUCUUCUCUUCUCUUCUUCCCACCAUUCCACUUCAAUCAUCAUGCAAUCAUAGUAACAACAAUACCCUUUUCUGUUUUUCUCUUUUCUCUUCAUCCAUGUCUUACACAUCCUCCUCCUAUCCUAUCCCAUAAACUACAUAUAUAUAUAUACACGUAAUUAUUAUAUUAGGAUAGAGAAAAAAAAAAAAAAAGACUUGCAUAUAUGGCUACUAGUACUAGAGCUAGUAGUAGUUUUUUCCUUCCAAAGUUCUUUAGAGCACUUCUUGUGGGAGGGCUUCUUUGUCUUCUUCUUUUAGUAACCUUGGGUGGUGGUGAAGGAUCAAGACAACCAGCUACACAAUGGUCUGAAGAAAGGGUCAAGCAUGGGGUGGUGGUUGGUAGAGAUAUGCCUGUCGACCGUGAAGAAUUGGACUUCAACUACAUGAGCAAAAGAAGAGUUCCCAAUGGACCAGAUCCUAUUCACAACAGGAGAGCUGGAAAUUCUGGUCGACCACCUGGGCAAGCUUAGGAGCAUGGGAAUAAGACAAGCUUCAGCAACCUUGCAGAAGAUGACAGAAUAUGAUAAUUAGCCAUGUAAUUGUGAGAAGUGAGAGUAUAUAUAUCCCUGACCCUGAGCUUCUUAGAAUUGUAGCUUGCAAGCAAGGGCUAAUCUCUAACUUGCGGAAAUUGAUUUGUUAUGGGAAGAGUUGUUUGAGGCCUAAAGAGGGGGGAAAAAAAGAGAAAGGAAGCUUGUCCCACAGAAAAUGAGGUGAAAAGAUAGUUUGGUGAGUUUCUACAGGAACUGAAAUUUAGUGAGUGUUUUAGUGUUUUGAAGUUGUUGUGAUAUGAGAGGGUCACAAAUUUCAAUGGAAUGGAGAUCAGUGCUUGCAUGUAAAGCAAUUAACGUACCUUUAAAGUUUAAAAGCCAGAAAGAUGUUGUGGCAACAGCAGCAGCCAUGCAUGCUUUUGGAGGACUAUACAAAAGUCUUGUAUGUUAGGGGAAAAAACAAAGAGUCUUGGCUUUGGCUUUGGCUUUGGUUUGCACACUACUAAGUUUGGUGAUUUCUGUUUUUUGUUUUUUAUUAUUAUUUAUUGUAAAGAUUAGCCAUGAGUUCCUAAAGUAAAAGUAAAUUCCACCAUUUAAAGGUGUUGGCGCACCUGUAAAAGAAGGGUGUUUGCA